AUGGAAGCCGAUUGGCUCGCCUUCCCUCCCUCUCCCGCUCCCUCUUCCUUCAUCCCUGUCAGCAUCUUCGCGGGCAGACGAGUGAGGAUCCUUCUAGAAGCAGCGAACGUUGAGCAUUUGGGUCAGAAUCUCAUCACUCACGAGGUGCCAUGCCGCUGGUCCAGAGGAUCAUCGAGCCCAAGUUCUUGUGUCGCGGCACUCUGCCCGAUGCCGUCGCCAGCGAGUUGGAGUGCGUCACCAACAGCACGCUCGCCGCCGUCAUCAAGCAGCUCGGAGGACUCAGUCGCCACGCCGAGGACAUCUUUGGCGAGCUCUUCACCGAGGCCAACACCUUCUACAUGAGGAUGAGCGGCCUGCAGGAACGUGUUGAUCUUCUUGCCGUCAAGGUCACACAGCUGGAUUCCACCGUAGAGGAAGUUUCUUUACAGGACAUCAACAUGAGGAAGGCGUUCAGGAGCAGUACCAUUCAGGACCAGCAGGUGGUGACACGGUGCUCCAUCCUCAAGCCCGUGCUGGAGACCUACCAACGCUGCGACAAACCACCACCGCUCAACAUCCUCACACCCUAUAGGGAUGACAAAAAGGAUGGUUUGAAGUUCUACACGGACCCGUCUUAUUUCUUCAACCUGUGGAGGGAAAAGAUGCUUCAAGCCACCGAGAACAAACGCAAGGAGAAGAGGCGACAAAAGGAGCAGAAGCAUGUGGAAGAAUCUUCCGGAAGGGAGGUGAAGAAGGUACGCAAAGCUCGCAACCGACGUCAGGAGUGGAGCCUGAUGGCGUACGACAAGGAGCUGCGCCCAGAUGCUCGCACCACGCCAUCGCCGUACCACACCUCCGAAGGAUCGCUGUCACCUGACAGGUCCGACAACCCCUCCCUCUCUGGUGUCUAUGACGGGAAAGAUCAUGUCUCCGUGGUGACCGGUGGUCAGACUCAGUCACUGGACCGUGCCCUACGACCCGCUUCCUCUGUUGCCACGGUGACCGGCAGACAGCACUCACUUGGCCGCAACCAGCCGCAUCACCAGCAGGCGACGCCACCGCAGCCCACCUCAGCCAACCAGAGCACAGCACGCCUCAAGGAGGCCAAUGACCAUCAGAUUCCUCCAGCCCCGCCCCCGCCGCCUCCUCUGGUGUCAUCAGCAGGACACAAGGUGGUCCCCAAUAACUCUGCUGCCAUGGCAACAGCACUGCCUGACAAUGUUGCCCCAGCAGGGGGUGCCGGCGUUCUCACCCGUCCCUUCAGCCCCUCUCCUCCGCCACCUCCUCCUGCCAACUAUGUUCCCUCCCCCUCCAGACCCAGCGGUCAUGCUCCGCCCACAGCCACUAAGCCGCUGCCGUUGCCUCCUGCAAUAGACGGCAGGAAGCUUCCCGCCGGAGCACUGGUCCCCAUGAACGAUGCCCGCAGUGACCUGCUGGCCGCCAUCCGCAGAGGGAUCCAGCUCCGGAAGGUGCAAGAGCAGCGUGAGCAGGAGGAGGCCAAAAAACGUGAGCCGACAGGAAAUGACGUCGCCACCAUUCUGUCUCGACGCAUCGCUGUGGAGUACAGUGAGUCUGAGGAUGAGUCAGAACCAGAUGAACAGGAGUGGUCCGACUGAGGGAACUGUUAGCAAAAUGUUUCAUAUAUUUUAAAAAAUAAUUAUUUUAGGAGACUAGAAUGGCAACUGCUCUUUUGUCAUUGUAUUGCAUUGUAUUCUUUGAAAUGAUUGAUUAGUAACAUGUGCUGUGAUUGACAU